CCACGCUCAAGUCUUCGUCAACGCAUGUGAUGCUCCUCCAAGCGACCCACGCCCCCAACUCUUGCUUGCUUUCUCCCACCCUGCAUUGUUGCCUACGAACUCGAAAUUCCUGUCAUGGCGGAGGCGGACCAUGGGGGAGAGAAACCCAUCGCCCACGCCCUGAGAGACGCGCUGUUCCAGUUCGUUGUCAAGUCCAGGAAGCUGGCGUCCCCCAUGUUGCGGGCGUUGGGGCGCGCGUCGACGGGGCCGGUCACCGUCGGCGACGACGAGCUGGCGGCGCUCAGGUCCAUGCUCCGCAGGGUCCACGCCGCGCUCCGCGACGCCGAGAGGCUGUCCGUCGCCGACCACUCCGCCCGACUCUGGCUCGCCGAGCUCGGCGACCUCGAGUACCGCGCCGAGGACGUGUUCGAGGAGCUCGAGUACGAGUGCCGCCGCGCCGCGCAGCUGGAGGACCUCAAGAUCGACCUUCUUCGCGCCGUGGGGGCGGCCCCGACGACGGGGAAGCGGAAGCGGGAGGUCGCGCAACUGUUCGCCGCCGCGCCGGCCGCGCGCCUCCGCCGCAAGAUAGACGACAUCUGGGCGAGGUACGGGGAGAUCGCGUCGGACCGGAAGAGGCUCCGGCUAAGGCCCGGCGACGGCGCGGCGAGGCGGCCGGCGGCUGGUGCGCUCGUGCCAAGCAGCUCGCUUCCCCGUGGCGAGAUCCACUGCCGGGAGCGCGACCUCCAGAGGGUGACCGACCUGGUUUGCCGCUGCAAGCCCGACGGCGGUAGAAACUACGCCGUCGUGGCAAUCGUCGGGAUGGCCGGCGUCGGGAAGACGUCGCUGGCGCAGCACGUGUGCAGCGAGGAGGCCGUCGCGUCGCAGUUCGACCUCAAUCUCUGGGCCUGGGUCUCCCAAGAGUUCGACGUCAUCGGCAUGACGGCCAAGAUCGUCGAGGCCAUCACCAGAGCACGCCCCGACUGCUCCGAGCUGAACGCGCUCCACGGAACCAUGGUCGAACACCUGGCGGGCAAGAGGUGUCUGCUCGUCCUCGACGACGUCUGGGACGACAAUCCCAUCCACUGGGACACCAUCACGGCGCCGCUGAGCUGCUGCGCGCCGGGGAGCACAGUCGUCAUCACGACGAGGAGCAAGAUGGUCGCCAAGAUGGUUACCCCCAAUGUGUACCAUCUCGACUGUUUGUCCGACGAACACAGCUGGUACAUGUGCCGGCGACGGGCAUCACGCGGCGGCGCCACCAUCGACGACGAGCUUGCCAGCAUCGGCCAACAGAUUGCCAAGAAAUGCAGAGGCUUGCCAUUGGCAGCAGAGGCAGCAGGCACAACCAUGAACACCUCAGUCACUAGGGAGCACUGGAAUCAUGUCCUGGAGAGCAACCUGUGGGCUGACAACGAUGAGGCCAAGAACAAUGUCCUACCUGCACUCAAGGUGAGCUAUGACCAUCUACCGGCGCCAUUGAAGCGCUGCUUCGCCUUCUGCUCAUUGUUCCCGAAGAGCUUCGUCUUCGACAAGGACGCUCUGGUCCAGCUCUGGACCGCGCAGGGCUUCAUCAAAACCCGAGGAGAAUGCCGGCCUGAAGAUGUCGGCGCCGGUUACUUCUAUGACUUGGUAGCAAGAUGCUUCUUCCAGCUUUCUCCAUCUCAUGGCAUAGGUAAAGGAAAGUAUGUCAUGCAUGACCUGUAUCAGGAGCUUGCGCAAUUUGUUUCAGGCCAUGAAUGUAGGAUGAUACAUCAACUAAACCUGACUGGAGCCGACAAGACGACUCGCCAUUUGUCCAUCGUCCACGACGAGUCAAAUUCCGACAAAGAACUAUUGUUAAAAUCAUUUUGUAGCCCCGAUCUAAGAACAUUCCUUUUUCUUGCAAGAAUGGAACAGGUCAUCCGUGGAGAAAUGCCAUACAGAAGAAAGAUUGUUCCCUGUGGACUGGUCACAGAUUUUGAAUGUCUAAGAGUUCUAGGUUUGAGCAACACUGACAUUGUAGAGGUACCAAAGUCUAUUGGAAGUCUAAUACAUCUCAGGUACCUUGGCCUGGAUAACACUGGAAUCCAGAUGCUGCCAGAGUCAGUAGGUGCCCUCUUCCACCUGCAGACAAUCAAGCUUAACCAUUGCUCAUCCCUCACUCAGUUGCCACAAGGCAUUAAGCUCCUGCUGAACUUAAGAUGCCUGGAGAUUGCACAUUCCAAUGUACAAAUGCCAUCUGGGAUCAGAGUACUGACUAGCCUACAGAAGCUGCCUAUUUUCAAAGGAUGUUCUGUUCAAGGAACCAUUUUGCAGCCUUUCUGAAAAUAUUUGCCACCUUUCACUUGUUCUUUCAGACUCCAACGCUGUUGUGCUGACUAAAGAACUUGGACAUCUGCAGGCCCUUAUGGUUGUCAGGUGAUCUGCAUCAGAGUACUCAGGUUCGUUUAUGCCGCUUUUGAAAAUAUUGGGUUUGGAUUAUUUUCUCGUCAAAACCAGAUUUUUUAAGAGCACUGAAUUUGAGCGGUACAACAACAGUAGAAUUGACCAGUUCUAUUAUUGGGAGGAUGAAAGACUUAAGAUUCUUGGCUCUGAACAACACAAAGACAGAGAGUCUCCCAAUCCCAACUGAUUGUUCAGAUAGGUCAGUUAAACACCCUUCAGACAUUGGAACUCAAGGAUUGUUGCUGCCUCAUUGAGUUACCGUAAAGCACAAAGAAUUUGACCAAGCUGCGACACCUUGAUGUUCGAAAGAAACCAGGAAAUGUUCAUGUUAGAAUGGCUUCUGGGCUCGGGCAACUAACUGAUCUGCAAACAGUAACAGUAUUUAAUAUUGGGGAUGAUUUAUCACAUUGUUCAAUUGGGGACCUGAAGAAUCUCUGUAGACUAAGGGGACAUAUUCAUAUAACAGGGCUUCAGAAUAUUACUGCAGGCGAUGAUGCCAAAGAAGCAAAUCUAGUAGUAAUCAAUUCCUAGAAGCUUUGACACUAGAAUGAUGUUGCAGCAGCGAGGAAUUGGAAGAUGACAGUGACAAAGAAAUUGUUAAUCAGGUCCAAAAUCUUCAGCCUAACACUAGCCUUUUUGAGCUAGCUAUACAAAAUUAUCCUGGCAAUUUAUUCCCUAUUUGGAUUCAGGAUUCUUCCCUUGGCAUGCUGGUGUCAAUUACGAUCGAUGACUGCCAAAAUUGUAAUGAGAUCCCAUAUCUUGGUGAUCUUCCAUCUCUUAAAUAUCUCUUCAUACAGAAAAUGUAUGUUGUUGAAAGCUUUGGACAAAGAAGUAACUCUUUGACUACUGAUGGGAGAUGUACUGAAUCUUUGGGAGAUAUACUCUUUGCAAUUCUGGAAUGGAACAAGCAAGGACGAUUUCCCACGGCUUCGUUGUCUCUCUGUCAGUAGAUGCCCAAAACUAAGUAAUUUGCAGCGACGAAUGACACAGCAGCUCAGGUGUUGCAGUACCUCAGACCCAAUUCAAAUCUGGAGGAGCUCAUCAUGAAAGGUUAUAAUGGAUCAUCAUUCCCAUCAUGGGUAGGGUCUCUACCUUUGGACAGGUUAGCUUCAAUAGAACUCAAAGACUGACAAAAUUGCGAAGAACUACCACCUCCUGGAAGAUUCCCAUCCCUGAAACAUGAUGUGAUACAGUCACUACCAAGUGUCAAACUAGUUGGGCCUGAAUUUCUUGGCAAUGUUGGCGAUAUUAAUUACUUUUUUUUUUGACAAGAAACAGCAAGAUAGGCUCCUACUGUGUUAUAUACUCCCUCCGUUUCGAAAUGUUUGACACCGUUGACUUUUUA